GUGGGCCUCGGGCCUUAGCCUGGUUGAAUAGUACACGGGCAUCUUCUACAAGAGGCAGAAGGAAUAGCGACAAGGAAAGGCAGAACAGAUACAGUAUCGUCUUCCUCCUUCCUAGCUGUUGUUUCCUAUCUCUAGCUUCUUCUAGGGUUAGUCCUCUACCUCUCCCUGCUUAGCGUGCUCCUGAUCUUUUAGCCCGAUAUCGUGUACCUCUGCUUUUCCUUCCUGUUAUCAGUAAAACCAGUGGUGCUCUGUACUUCUGACUGCAUCCGUGGAGAGGGGUGCUAACAAUCAUGUCGCAGCGCCGCCGUCCUCGUCGUCGUUCUUGUCAUGCCGUCGCCCCGGUCGACAAAACCACAACCGACCGCGACCACGCGACGCCCCUUGUCAUGGACGUGGACCGCGUCUCUCAUCCGGCCGAGACGACGUCCGGGCGCUCCGACGACGGGGAAGGGGAACUGGCCGCGAGGUGGCGGGAGAUCCACGGCAGCGACCACUGGGAGGGGCAGCUGGACCCCAUCGACGCGGUGCUCCGCGGGGAGCUCAUCCGCUAUGGCGAGUUCGCGCAGGCGUGCUACGACAGCUUCGACUACGACCGCUUCUCCCCUUACUGCGGCAGCUGCAGGUUCCCGGCCAAGACCUUCUUCCAGGACGUCGGCCUCGGAGGCGCCGGCUACCAGGUUAGCCGCUACCUCUACGCCACCUGCAACGACCUCAAGCUCCCCAACUUCGGGGGCCGGAAGCACAGCUCCGCCGCCAACGACAAGCUGUGGAGCGAGCUGGGCACGUUCAUCGGCUACGUGGCCGUGUCCACAGACGAGGAGACGGCGCGCCUCGGCCGCCGUGACAUCGCCGUGUCGUGGCGCGGCACGAUCACCCGGCUCGAGUGGGUGGCCGACCUGACGGCCAACCAGAAGCGGCUCAGCGAGCUGGGCGUGCCGUGCCCGGACCCCGACGUGAAGGUGGAGAUGGGGUUCGCGGAGCUGUACACGGGCAAGGACGCGGCCUGCCGUUUCUGCAGGUACUCGGCGCGGGAGCAGGCGCUCGCCGAGGUGCGGAAGCAGGUGGAGCUGUACCACGGCAGGGGCGAGCAGGUGAGCGUGACGGUCACCGGCCACAGCCUGGGCAGCGCGCUGGCGAUGCUCAACGCCUUCGACGUCGCGGAGACGGGCGCGAACGCGUCGCCGGACGGCAGGAAGGCGCCGGUCUGCGUGUUCUCCUUCGCGGGGCCGCGCGUCGGGAACCUCAGGUUCCGGGAGCGGUUCCAGCGGGAGCUCGGCGUGCGGGCGCUGCGUGUCUUCAACGUGCACGACGGCGUGCCCAAGGUGCCUGGCGUGUUCUUCAACGACGCGGCGUUCCCGGAGGCGGUGCUGCGGGUGGUGGACGGGCUGGGCGCGGGCGGCGUGUACACGCACCUGGGCGUGCCUCUGGCGUUGGACCACAAGGUGUCGCCGUUCCUCAAGGAGACCAUGGACAUCUCGUGCUACCACAACCUGGAGGCGCACCUGCACCUGCUGGAUGGCUACCGUGGCUCCGGCGAGGGGUUCCAGCUCCGCGGGAGAGACCCCGCGCUGGUAAACAAGUCGGCCGAUUUCCUCCGCGACGAGCACAUGGUGCCGCCCGUUUGGUACCAGGCGGAGAACAAGGGCAUGGUCAGGACGGAGGACGGGCGGUGGGUGCUGCCGCCGCGCCAUAGGGACAUCGACGAGCACCCGGAUGACACUGACCACCACCUCCAGCAGCUCGGUGUCAUUCUCACCGCAUCAACCUAGUGAAACGAUGGUUAAUUGAUGUCAUGGUGCAUCGCACAUAGAGGUGCCACGUUCUUUAGUCAAUCCGAGCAAAAAAAAUGAAAACCUCACCAUAAAGCUUGGUGGAGAACAACAUAUACACUAGUAAAAAAGGAUCAU